AUGAACUCAUCAGUUAUUCUUAGAAAAAAGGCUAGGGUGAAGAAUCUUCUUAAGACAGUAGUUGCAGUAGUUCUGACUCUGAUUCAAGCGGCCCCAAGAAUGCAAAUAGAAACAGAUAAGCUAGCUUAGUCCUCAAACCAAGAAGGAAGUUAAUGUAUGAUUAUUGUUUUAAUUUUACAUUAGUUGCUUGAUGAUCAGGGAAAGGUUAAUUUUAAGUAUCUAAAGUACAAUUCAAGUGAACUAUUCGAAAAGCUGCCUAUUUUUGAUGAAGCCAUGAUGAACUUUAACGUUGAUGAAUUUAGAGAUCCGUGGACUAAAUUAGCUAAAGCGAUAGUUAGUCCUUAUAGUAACUUUAGAUUUCAUUUGGAAAUUGCGAAAUAAAAUUUUAAGAAGCAGGAACAGCUACCUUUCUUUUACCCGCACAAGAAUUUUAAUAAAGAAGAUAACUCACGGAGGGAGAGCAAUUUGGAAUUUUUGGCAGGAUUCGGCGGGAUUCUUUAAGUCUAGCACAAUAAUAAUGGAAAAAGGAGUACUUCAAAUUAAAAUCCGUAAAGCAAAUUAAUAUUCCAAAAUUAUGGCUCUAAUAAUGGAAUGAAUCAAAGAUAGAGUACAAUGUAUCAAUAAAAUUUAAUUUAAAAUCAAAUGAGUAACAAUAGUAAUAGUACAAACUAUUAAUAAACAAAUCAAGGUAACAAAAGCAAAUAUCUCAUGAAAUAUUUAACACAAGCUACUGGCAGAGCUGAGUAAAACUAGUAUUUGUAGAGACAUAGUACUUCUUUAAUAAAGAACAAUUCCAAUCAGGACAUUUCUAGUAUGAAUGCAAUAUUUGAGCAGAUUCCUGAAGUUGAUACAAAAAAUGUUAGUUCAGAUGAUUCAUCUGAAUCUGGAAAGAAAUCUAGCUCCAGUAAUGAACCACAAGAAUCAAUACCCAUCAUAGGUAAUCCCACUUAAUUUGAACCAAUGCUUUAAUAAAAGGUGUCUAUACAGAGCAAUUUGAAUUUUUCUAAAACUCCAAGAUUAGACUUUAAAAAAAUCAUUAAUUAGUUUGAUGAACAGUAACAAAAACUUUCACCAUUAAAGCAGAGAAUAUCUCAGAUGAAUUAGUUCAAAAUAAAUCAGAUAAAUACUCAAAGAAACUACAUUCAAAGGUUCAAAGACUAUUCUAAUUCCUACCUGAAUAAUUAAACUAAUAACAACACCAAUCAUUUGACCAUGAAUACGCCUAGAACCAACUAAAAUACAGAUGGGGCUUCAUUUAAGUUUAUUAAGAGAGGCAAUACACCUGCUGGUUAUAUGACAAGCAGAGCGAUCCCGCAGAACUAAAAGCAACUCUAAAGUGACUUCUAAACCGCUAUAAGUGAAACUCAGCGUAAAUCACAACUUUAUCCUAUUUUGUAGAGUCCUACAAAAAGAUCAAGCAAUAUAAUGUACAAUCAAGUAGUUAGGGAAAUAACUAAGAAGAGGAGAUCAGUCAGAAGAAAUAUAUAAAAUGUAUACAAUCAUACAGUCCAAUAAUCUACCUCUUUGGGAAUGGGUGGUGGGCCUGGAUCCAUUUCUUCGCUUAUAAAGUAGAACUCUGGAUCUCCUAAGAACACAAUUCAAUUACAACAGCAUUUCUCUAAUUAAUCCUCGUAAUAACAAGAAUAAUGA